GUAUAAGUCGUUUGACAUUUCAAACGUGAUCAUGUUGAAUUCAGUUCAUCUUAAUUAUUACACAUGUAAGUCUGAAUUGUUAAGAGCUUAUGGUGUUAUUUCAGGAAAUGGAGAAAUUGCAAAGAAAGUUUGAACAUUGGAGUGUUGGACUAACCCAUUGGGCACUGUGAUAAAUACCAAAGUCUCAGGGAUGAUAAAGUUGAUGAGUAACCAAAUAACUAUGAGAAGAAGAUCUGAGUGCAGUUUAUUAGUUACUGCGCUGAUCUUUGUUACUUGCUAUUUUUCCUUGUUCCCACUUUCUAAUUCUUCAUCCUUGGAUGAAGAAAGACAGGCCUUGCUCAAGAGUGGUUGGUGGAAUGAUUACAGAAAUGUUUCAAACCAUUGUUAUUGGGCUAGUGUUCUAUGUGAUGAAGCCGGAAGUGUUACUUCGAUCGGCUUAUCUUCUCUGCUCCCUUUCACAAUUCCUCCAAUGCAAGAACUGCAAAACUUGAAUGUGACAGCCUUUCCCAAUUUGCAGUUUCUGGAUUUGAAUGGAAUGGGUCUGAGGGGAAGCAUCCCUGCAGAAAUUGGCACACUUACAAACCUCACCUAUCUUGAUUUGUCUGGCAAUAGCCUCCAAGGUAAGCUACCAUCUAAAGCCCUUUCAAAUCUCACUCAACUUGUUCGUCUCGAUUUUUCUGGAAAUUCUCUUAGUGGUUUCAUUCCAAUGUCAUUGGGUGAAUUGAAGAACUUGGUUUAUCUCAACCUUGAUUCAAACCUUUUUACAGGCCAUAUUCCAUCAGAAUUAGGGAAUUUGACAAAUCUAACCCAAUUACACCUCUCGAACAAUUUUCUCUCUGGUUCAAUCCCUCAUACAUUAGGUCUACUCAAUAAUUUGACAGAUCUCUACCUAGAGUCUAACCAAUUGCAAGGUCAUAUACCUGUUGAGCUACAGAAUUUGUCCAGUUUGGUUGCUCUACGUCUUUCUCAAAAUAAUCUCUCUGGUUUAAUACCUCCAAAACUUUUUCAAAUGGACAAAAUGCUUACUUUGUAUAUCUCAUCGAAUCAAUUAUCUGGUUCAAUUCCAUGGGAGACUAUGAAAUGUCCCUCCAUUUCAGUGAUUGGUUUAAGCCACAAUAGAUUAAAUGGAAGCAUAACUUCUCAAAUUGCUUGUGUGAAUGACCUUGAUCUUAGCCACAAUUUUUUUGUUGGUGAGAUUCCAUCUCUUUUGGGAAUGAAAUCAAUACUGGAUAAGUUGGAUCUUAGUUAUAAUAAUUUCUCUGGUAAACUUCGCAGGGAACUUGCCCAUCUAUCAAAUAUAAACCUUUCAUACAAUUCUUUUGACUUUUCACCAGAUCCUGACUUCAAGUUACACUCACCAGAUUAUUGUUCUUUUCCAAGACACUCGCUGAUCAGUAACAACCCACCAGAUUUUGCUUUGUGCUUUAGUUCCCUCCAAACUAAUUCUCAGACUAGUGAAGUUAAUCUUAGCAUUGAAAUUGCUCUUCCCAUCAUCUUCACCCUUCUUCUUGUAAUCCUUCUAUCUCUAUAUUUAACAAGACACAAGUCUAGAAUCAAAUUUGAUGCAAGCUUAUCGAAAAAUGGAGACUUGUUUUCUAUAUGGAAUUAUGAUGGUAAAAUUGCAUUUGAAGAUAUCAUUAAAGCAACAGAAGACUUUGACAUCAAAUACUGCAUUGGGACUGGUGCAUAUGGCAGCGUUUAUAGAGCCCAAUUACCGACUGGAAAGAUUGUUGCACUGAAGAAACUUCACCGAAUUGAAUCUCAAAAUCCAUCUUUCAAUAAAAGUUUUCACAAUGAGGUGAAGAUGUUAACCAAAAUCCGUCAUAGAAACAUUGUAAAGCUUCAUGGCUUUUGCCUACACAAUCGGUACAUGUUUCUUAUCUAUCAAUACAUGGAAAGAAGUAGCUUAUUUUAUAUGUUGAAUGAUGAUGUGGAAGCUGGUGAGUUGAAUUGGAGUGCAAGGGUGAAUAUCAUUAAAGGAAUGGCAUAUGCUUUGUGCUACAUGCAUCAUGAUUGUACCCCACCAAUUCUUCAUCGGGAUGUAACAAGUAGCAAUGUUCUACUAAACUCACAAUUAGAGGCCUUUGUUUCAGAUUUUGGCACAGCUAGACUCCUUGAUCCAGAUUCUUCAAAUCAAACCUUGGUAGUUGGUACAUAUGGCUACAUUGCCCCAGAGCUUGCAUAUACAUUGAUUGUCACAGAAAAAUGUGAUGUUUACAGUUUCGGAGUGGUAACUUUGGAAACAUUAGUAGGAAGACAUCCUGGAGAUUUGAUCUCAACCUUAUCAAACUCAACUACUCAAAACAUGUUAUUGAAAGACAUCCUAGAUGCACGAAUUCCUCUUCCUAACUCUCGAAAAGAUGCUGAAGAUAUAAUGCUUGCUGCAACAAUAGCAUUAAGAUGUUUGUGUUUGAAACCAAAGUUCAGGCCAUCAAUGCAAGAGGUGGUUGGAGAGCUCUGUAAUUUCAAAUUGUUGACACCUUUUUCGUUCAGUGAGAUUUUGAUCCAUCAGUUGAUGACUCCAAAAGAACAAGAUGCACAAGUCUAAGCCAUCUUAAACAUCUUCUUUAGACUAGAUUGCACUGAAAAAGAGCUAGUUAGUUUUUUUUACAUAUAUUUCAACCAUAUUGUAAUUAAAG